UUAAAGAAUUCCAAAAAUUCAAUGAUUUGAUUAUAUAUUUAGAUAAAAAUGAAACUUUUUCUAUUUUCAGCUUUGAUUUUGGUUCUGGUCUUCAGCGUUGAGGGAUACCCUGACCGAAGUAAACGGGAUAUAACAUGCGCAACUUUUGGACACCAAAGCUGUGAAUGGUCGUGCAAGUUGCGGGGAAGGAAAGGAGGAGUAUGUGCUUGGGAUGAUGCAACUGGAGCUUACAACUGUACUUGUGACAAGGAGAGGAGAGGAGUAAGAUGUAAUGUUGGUGGGGAGAAUACUUGUCAUAUUACAUGCGUAAUGUUAGGUCAUACUGAGGGAGUUUGCGACCCAAGCUUUAAAUGUAAUUGUUCUGGAGAAAAUAACAGAUUGGGAAGUCUAUAUGAAAACAUUGGAAAUCGUCUUUGAUAUGGGAUUAAAUCUAUAUUUUGUUAUUUUUGUUAUAAAACAUACAUGUGUAGGACUUAUAAAACUUUGAAAAAAAGAA